GGUUGGGAGGGCCCACAAGGCGCACGCGCGGCCAUUGUCAUCAGCCCGCCCCGGCGGGACCACGAGUGCACAUGCGCAGUGCGCGGCCUGUCCGCCUCUCUGCGCUGUCAAUAAAGUUAUAGCGAACAAGCCCUCCUUUCCCCCGGCAAGAUGGCGGAGUACGACUUGACUACUCGCAUCGCGCAUUUUCUGGAUCGACACCUGGUCUUUCCGCUUCUUGAGUUUCUCUCUGUGAAAGAGAUUUAUAAUGAGAAAGAAUUAUUACAAGGAAAAUUGGAUCUUCUUAGUGAUACCAAUAUGGUGGACUUUGCUAUGGAUGUUUACAAAAACCUUUAUUCCGAUGAUAUUCCCCAUGCUCUGAGAGAAAAAAGAACCACAGUUGUUGCACAGCUGAAACAACUCCAGGCAGAAACAGAGCCAAUUGUGAAGAUGUUUGAAGAUCCAGAAACUACAAGGCAGAUGCAGUCAACCAGGGAUGGCCGGAUGUUGUUUGACUACCUGGCAGACAAGCAUGGGUUUAGGCAGGAGUACUUAGAUACGCUCUACAGAUACGCAAAAUUCCAAUAUGAGUGUGGAAAUUACUCUGGAGCAGCAGAGUAUCUUUACUUCUUUAGAGUUUUGGUUCCAGCAACAGAUAGAAAUGCUUUAAGUUCACUCUGGGGAAAACUGGCCUCUGAAAUAUUAAUGCAGAAUUGGGAUGCAGCCAUGGAAGACCUUACUCGAUUAAAAGAGACCAUAGACAAUAAUUCUGUGAGUUCUCCACUCCAGUCUCUUCAACAGCGAACAUGGCUCAUUCACUGGUCUCUGUUUGUUUUUUUCAACCAUCCAAAAGGCCGUGAUAAUAUUAUUGAUCUCUUCCUUUACCAACCACAGUACCUUAAUGCAAUUCAGACAAUGUGUCCACAUAUUCUCCGCUAUUUGACCACUGCCGUCAUAACCAACAAAGAUGUGCGGAAACGCCGGCAGGUGCUGAAAGACCUAGUGAAAGUUAUUCAACAGGAGUCUUACACAUAUAAAGACCCAAUUACAGAAUUUGUUGAAUGCCUAUAUGUUAACUUUGAUUUUGAUGGAGCUCAGAAAAAGCUAAGAGAAUGUGAAUCAGUGCUUGUGAAUGACUUCUUCCUGGUAGCAUGUCUUGAGGACUUCAUUGAGAAUGCCCGUCUCUUCAUAUUUGAGACUUUCUGUCGUAUCCACCAGUGUAUCAGCAUUAAUAUGCUAGCAGAUAAACUGAAUAUGACUCCAGAAGAAGCUGAAAGAUGGAUUGUGAAUUUGAUUAGAAAUGCGAGGUUGGAUGCCAAGAUUGAUUCUAAACUAGGUCAUGUGGUAAUGGGCAACAAUGCAGUCUCACCCUACCAGCAAGUGAUUGAAAAGACUAAAAGUCUUUCUUUUAGAAGCCAAAUGUUGGCCAUGAAUAUCGAAAAGAAACUUAAUCAGAACAGUAGAUCAGAGGUAAGAAGUAGACAUUGUCUGUUCUGUCUGGGAUUUAGCAAUAAUGUAACUACUAUUAUUACAUGAACUUUGGGAACAUCAUUAUUAGCAUUACUUUUAUAUUUCUGUUUAUGUUUACAGUGUUCAAAAAUUACUAAAUUGAAACUAAGUUUGUUUUAGAUAUACUCAGUAGCAAAGAAAAUAAAGUAUAUUCUUAUUUAUAGCUGGGUUUCUUUUUACUUUUGUGACUUUAUUAACUCACUUGCUCAGGCUCUCGACACAUUUUGAUUCUGAUAGAUAACUUUAUAUGUGCUUGAAAUGUGUGUUUUCUUUCUAAGUCUAAAGAAUUAGUCAUAUAAAAAGUACUUUUUUCUUGCUGAGCAUACAUCAAUUUUAAUUUUAUCUUUUAUCUGUUGUUUAUAAGUGUCCAACACUAUGCCCUUCCUUUUUAGUAGAUGUUCCUCAUCUUUGAUGUUGGAAAAAACUUGAACCUUGUAACCUCAAAGUUCCAUGUUUUCUUUAAUUCUCCUUAGACACUAACUACAUAGAACUGAGAGUAGAAAGGAGUUGGUAACUGGAGUACCGAAGGACUCCAUUGAAUUAAGGUUUGAAAAAUAGGUUAAAUUAAAUGGAAUUUCAAUUAUAUUUUUCCAAGUCUAGUAGAGCUGAGCCUUGAAAGUAUCAUGUGAGUGUGCCUUUUUUUCUAUAUAUUCAGAAUAAAUUUAUUAUCUUUCCCAUGUUUAUUGAUUAUUGUUAUGGUUUAUCACUCUCCAAAAGCUAUCAAUGAUAAGAUGCUUGUACCACUUCCUUUUCUGUUAGUGUUUUCAGAUUUCAUCUCAUCUUGAUUUCUUUCUGCAUGUGUUUUAGGCUCCCAACUGGGCAACCCAAGAUUCUGGCUUCUAUUAAAGGAUUAUAAAGAAGAAAAAGGAAUCAGUGGAAGACACAGUAACCAUUAUGUAUAAAAGACGACAUACAUUUUUAGAAGCAAUUAACAUGUUUGCUAAAAAUUUUGGAAAUUUGAAUAAAAUUGGCUAUGAUUCA